GUCCAAAAGCCAAUCGUAUUCGGUUGAAUCCUUCGGUUACUUCCGGGUUUGCUCAUGUGACUUGCUAUUUUGACUUUACGCCGAGGGCAUGUCGAGCAGGUACCGCAUUGUGGUGGAGGGGGAAGCUUCUGAAACCGACUCUGACGAUGAAGUUUACAUCACCUCACUGCCGUCUGGACCGACGGCCAGAGCAAAGGUUCCAGGAGAGGCAUCUGAAACGGACAGUGAGGGCGAACCGCAGCCGCCGGCCGCCCGAGACCCUGCAGCCGGACAGGAAGGCGGCCAGAUCUUCAAGAAGGCCCUGCCUCCUCUGGUUGUGGUCAGGGACCAUCUAGAUAUUCAGUCUGUAGUGGAAGACAGGCCGAGCCCGUCGUCCAGGUCACAUGGCGACAGUCUUUUACAGCAAAAGCUGCAGGAGUCCAACAGCCGGCUGUAUUCUGACGUGGGGCAAAUGGUUUGUCAUGUUUACAGCAGCGCUAACAAGGAGGUGCGAGGUGCAACAUCUCAGCUGAAUGCCUCCCAGAGCGCCAUCAUCAACGCGUCCCACAGCAUCAGGUUAAUCCUGGAUGACCUCAGAGCCGUGUCCGAGAAGAUCGACAUCAUCACAAGCUGUCAAAUACUGUCUGAUAUUAACAUUAGUAUCCCUAACAGUUUAAACACUUCUAUACCUUAACGAAAUAAAUAUUAUGUUUUAAUGUAUUUGUGUCCAUUUAUAGCCAAUAGGUCCUUUUCUGUGAGCAAAGGUGGAGAUUUUUGCUACAGGGGACCAGAAGUAAAGUUGUAUUUAUACUAUAAUAUCCUCUAAUGCUAUGUGCAGAUUACUUCGAGUAUUAACCGGAGAUUAUGCGUCUUCAUUAAUUACUUCCUCUGCUUUGUUAGUUUCUGCCAUCUGUGUUAGACUUACAUAUGCUUCUCCUGUAUAAAUCUGUGGUAAAAUAUGCCAUAAAUCUCAAGCUGUUUUGUU